GGUCCGCAGGGAUCCCAGCCACCUAUAGAUAAGCCAAAACGAGAGGCUAUCCUCGACCUCUCAAAAUACGUGAACGAGAAAAUCAGAGUCAAGUUCACUGGCGGAAGAGAAGUUACUGGUAUUCUGAAAGGGUACGACCAACUACUUAACCUUGUGCUUGAUGAAGUAGAGGAGGAAGCCUCCGGCAACCCGAAACCCCGCCAAUUGGGUCUCGUUGUACUACGAGGUCCAACAAUAACAAUCCUGAGCCCUGUCGACGGGUCAGAAGAAAUUGCCAAUCCCUUCUUGGCGCAAGAAUAA